CUCAGGUCUCGGUUGUCCGUCCUCCACUCUUUCGUCCUCGCUCCAUCCCCCCCCCCGCACGCCCAGCCCAGUCCCGGCCGAAACAAAGUCUGGCAACACAAAAAACUCAUCCACCUCUUCCACCUCAACCAACCCACCCAAAAGACAAAGACACGACACAAUGGCCGGCGUCACCGUCACCCCCGAGCAGCUCGCGGCCCUCCGCGCCACCCUCCUCAACACGAGCGGCAGCACGCCCCUCCACGAGCGCUUCCGCGCCCUCUUCAUGCUCAAGGCUGUCGGCGGCGACGAGGUCAUUGCCAUCAUUGCCGAGGGCCUCAAGGACGACUCGGCGCUCCUCAAGCACGAGCUCGCCUACGUCCUCGGCCAGCUCAAGUCGCUCACGGCCGUCCCCAUCCUCGAGGAGGUGCUGAUCAACGACAACGGAGCCCACUGCGCCAUGGUGCGCCACGAGGCCGCCGAGGCCCUCGGCGCCAUCUCGGACAUCAACUCGCUCCCCACGCUCGAGCGCUACCUCGACGACCCGGCGCGCGAGGUGCGCGAGACGUGCGAGAUCGCCGUCGACAAGAUCAAGUUUGACCACUCGGACGAGGGCAAGGCCCGCCAGCCCAACCCCAACUUCCCCACCAUCGACCCUGCCCCGUCCUCGUCCAAGGAGCCCGUGGCCGACCUCCGCGCCAACCUCCUCAACACCAAGCUCCCCCUCUUUGAGCGCUACCGCGCCAUGUUCGCCCUCCGUGACUAUGGAGGAGCGGAGCGUGACGCCGUCCGUGCCCUCGCUGAGGGCUUUGGCGACGAGUCUGCCCUCUUCCGCCACGAGGUCGCGUACAUCUUCGGCCAGCUCUCGUCUCCUCACUCGAUCCCUUCGCUUCUCCGUGUCCUGCGUGACGACAAGGAGGAGGAGAUGGUCCGCCACGAGGCCGCCGAGGCCCUCGGCGGUAUCGCCUCAGAUGGUGCCGACACCGACAUUGACCCCCGCGACGACCCUCUCCCCGAGGGCGGUGUUCUCGCUAUUCUCCGCGACUGGGCUGUCCGGCCAGAGGCCCCCCAGGUCGUUCGUGAGAGUUGCCAGGUCGCCAUCGACAUGUGGGAGUACGAGAACUCGACCGACCAAUUCAACCCCCUCGACUCGCUCACCGCUGGCAAGACCAACACCACCGGCAUGGAGCGCUCUGCCCACGCCGCGGUCGCCGCUGGUGUCAAGGCCUAG